UUCAGUCUUGUCGUGGAUGCAGCGCGGGAUCGAUAACGGAGCCAAGAGCAGCGGAAGAAGGUGCUGCGGAGCAAAUUUCGACACACAAAAUUUUUGUACCCCAAAAAAAAGUUGAACAAAGAAAUCUGCAAAAAUAAAUUCAACCCCCCGACAUUAAAUAAAAGCACGCCGCGGCAAAGGCAAUCCCGAAUCGUUAUAUAAAAUUAAAGUCAAAGAAGAUAGAAAAUUAAUUGUGUAAUUGAAAAAUCAGAGUGUGUGUGAAAUAAAUCGUAUCAAAUCAAUAGCCGUCAAUCGAUACGCAUAAAUAACUAAGUAGUUGGCUGAAUGAAGGAAUAAUCCCCCUUUCUGGGGCCAGUGAAAACGCUUUGCUUCUUGUGGUCUUGGAAAAUUUUUCGCCUAUAUCCUCGACAUGCAGUGAAAAUUUUUUCCGAUUUUUAGUAUGUACAUGUACGUUGGAGCGCUCGUGGGCGCCUCAGGCUCGGGUGGCAGGGGUAUCCGUAUCCGGCAAGCUUUCGGCCCCACAACCACCAUAGCCAUCACAACCGCUUCAUCUAGUAUCACAGUGUGACACGGUCUCGACGCGAUGCAAUUAUUCUAAUUACUUGGCCAAAUUAAGUGUCAAAAAAAAGUGAAAUAAGCGAAAUGACAAAAACUUAAAGUGCAAAGCAUUAAAGAACAAGAAACCACGCGAAAUCCGAAGCAAUAAUCAGUGCAGUUCCGUUAACAGCGCCCAAACACCGUUAACAGCCGCAGCCAACUUCGCCUGCCAGAGCUUUCGCUCUCUUGUACUUUCGCGCUAUAUCCGGAUGAAAGCGGCAGGCGCGGAUAAAACGAUUCCCGAGUAACACUAACACAAGGACACACGACGCAGGAAGGACGGGAAGAAAGCUCUUGCUCAAGGACUGGAAUACGCGAAAAGAGAGCAAACGACGCGAGAACAAAGCGACACUUUACGUUUACGCGCGCAACGUGCGUAGGUGCGUCUGUGUGGGUGAGGCGAACGUGUGACUGUGCCGUGCGUGUGCGUAUCCUUGCGCGUGUACGUGGUGCUGUGCGUGUGAAUGAAGGCGCCAAGUGCAACAUAUCAGGACUCCGCCAUUAUUAAGAACCAUGCUCCUGUGUCAGUGACGACAGCCAAGCCACCGAUUAUGGACAAGGAACACGCUAAUCCGGCGGAGCUCCGGCUCCUGCCCACCCACGCUUCUGCCUCCGCCUCCUUCGCCUGCCCGGACUUGCGGUUCAACAAGGCGCGCCGCCGGCGGAGAAGCGAUUCAGCAGUGCCUCCCAUGGUGGUAGAAUACCGCCGCUCCUACCGCGUCCUCAUCGUCAGCGCCCUGCUGGUCAGCCUGGCGGCCAGCUUUGUGACCCUCAGCGCCGGUUUCCAGCUGGACGGAUCGCAGAGCUCCUUCUAUACCUUUCGCAAGUGGUACACCGGUCUGAACGGAACCUUGGAGCUGGAGUUCAAGACGGAGCAGCCCAACGGACUGGUACUCUACACCGACGACGGCGGCACUUAUGACUUCUUCGAGCUUAAGCUCGUCGAAGGCGCCCUCCGGCUGAGAUAUAAUCUGGGCGGAGGAGCCCAGAUCAUCACCGUGGGUCGGGAGCUGCACGAUGGCCACUGGCACAAGGUGCAGGUGCUGCGGAACGAUGAGCAGACUUCCCUCAUUGUCGACGGCGUCUCCCAGCAGCGAUCCACCAAGGGCAAGGAGUUCCAGUUCGGCAAGUUCGCAAGCAACUCUGAUGUGUAUGUGGGCGGUAUGCCCAAUUGGUACAGCAGCAAGUUGGCGCUGCUCGCCCUGCCCAGCGUCAUCUUUGAGCCGCGCUUCCGGGGUGCCAUCCGGAACCUGGUCUAUGCGGAUCAACCGGGCGGCUCCACACGGCGCCAGGAGAUCAAGCAGCCGCGCGACAUCAAGUGCGGCGAUGUGCCCUGUGAUCACGGAGAGCUGCCCGCCCGCGAGAGGCCUUUAAGGGGUGUUCGGGGCAAUACGACAGAUGCCUGCGAGCGGAACGAUCCCUGCCAGCAUGGCGGCAUCUGCAUAUCUACUGAUUCCGGUCCAAUUUGCGAGUGUCGAAACCUCGAGUACGAUGGCCAGUAUUGUGAGAAGGAGAAGGCGCCAUCGGAAGCAACGUUCCGCGGUACACAGUUCCUCUCCUACGACUUGGGCCAGACGGGCGCCGAGCCGAUAGUGAGUGCCCAGGAUGCCAUAUCCUUUUACUUUCGCACCCGCCAGCCCAACGGCCUGCUCUUCUACACGGGUCACGGCACGGACUAUCUGAACUUGGCCCUGCGCGAUGGAGGUGUCUCCCUAACCAUGGGACUGGCCAACGGGAAGCAAGAGAUGCACAUAAAGCCAUCGAAGGUGCGCUUUGACGAUCAUCAAUGGCACAAGGUCACCGUGCACCGUCGCAUCCAGGAAAUCUCAUCCAUCACCAGUUUCUGUCGGCUGGUCACCGUGGUGGACGAUGUCUAUACGGAUCACUCGCACAUUGCUGGCAAAUUCACCAUGUUAUCCUCGUCGCGUGUCUAUGUGGGCGGAGCUGUUAAUCCAAGGGCGCUUCUGGGUGCCCGUGUCCACAACAAUUUUGUGGGUUGCCUGCGGAAGGUGGAGUUCUCGGCAGACACUUUGAAUCUGAACCUAAUAGACUUGGCCAAGAGCGGUUCCAAGCUCAUUCAGGUGGCUGGCAACUUGGAGUACCAAUGCCCCAGUGGUGACCCUCAGGAUCCCGUGACCUUCACCACCCGUGAGUCCCAUCUGGUCUUGCCUCCCUGGGAAACUGGCAAACAGAGUUCCAUCAGCUUCAAGUUCCGCACUAAGGAGCCCAACGGCAUCAUUGUCCUGGCAACUGGAUCCAAGCAACCACGGGCCAAGAAUCCCGUAUUGAUCGCAAUUGAACUGCUGAAUGGCCACAUCUAUAUCCACCUGGACCUGGGAUCCGGAGCCUCAAAGGUGAGGGCCUCAAGGCGACGCGUGGACGAUGGCGAUUGGCACGACCUAAUUCUCCGGAGAAAUGGACGCGACGCCAAGGUGAGCGUGGAUGGGGUGUGGAAUGAUUUCCGCACGCCCGGAGAUGGAACCAUUCUCGAGCUGGACGGGCACAUGUACUUGGGCGGCGUGGGACCUGCAUACAAUAGUGUGGCCUGGCCGGCGGCCAUUUGGACCGCUACCUUGCGUCAGGGAUUCGUGGGCUGUUUGCGUGACCUGGUGCUGAGUGGCAAGGCGAUCGAUAUAGCGGCCUUUGCACGCGUCCAGGACUCGGCCUCCGUGAAGCCCUCGUGUCACGUUCAGAGCAACGUGUGCAACGGCAAUCCCUGUCUGAAUGGCGGCACCUGUCUGGAGGGCUGGAACCGCCCGAUCUGCGACUGCUCGGCUACUCUGUACGGCGGACCCACCUGCGGCCGGGAGCUGGCCACGCUGGCCUUCAAUGGCAGCCAGCACAUGACCAUCUGGCUGGGCAAUGGACAGGGAACGAAGACGCAGACCGAGGAGCUGGUCAUUCGCUUCAAGACUUCACGUCCUGCUGGACUUUUGCUGCUGACCAGCGCUGAGUCCAAUUCACCGGAUCGGUUGGAGAUUGCUCUCGUGGCGGGAAGGGUGCGGGCCAGUGUCCGUCUGAGUGACAGGGAGAAGAACCUGCUGGCCGGCCAGUCGGUGCUCAAUGACAACAACUGGCACACGAUCCGAUUCUCGCGCAGAGCCUCCAAUCUGCGCCUACAAGUCGACGGGGCUCCCCCCGUCAGGGGUAUGUUAUCCGAGACAAUCCUGGGUCGCCACAGCACCAUGGAGAUUCGUUCGAUCCACCUGGGCGGGCUUUUCCAUGCCGAGGAGGAGAUCCAGAUGACUUCGACAAUGCCGAAUUUUGUUGGACAAAUGCAGGGCCUGGUGUUCAAUGGCCAGCGCUAUCUGGACAUUGUCAAGAGUCUGGGACCAGAGCUCUCGGCUCUGCCCAGUGCCACCUUCAAGCUGACAGCGCGCUUCGUGAACUCUCCGGUUGGACAGCCCUACCAUGCGGCCACAUUCCGCUCCAAGCACUCCUACGUGGGUCUGGCCAUGCUGAAGGCCUACAACAGCAUCUCGAUUGACUUCCGCUUCAAGACCGUGGAGCCCAAUGGUUUGCUGGUCUUCAACGGAGGACGGCGCAGUGACUUUGUGGCAGUGGAGCUGGUGAAUGGACACAUUCACUACACCUUCGACCUGGGAGAUGGUCCGGUGACCAUGCGGGAUAAGUCUCGCAUCCACAUGAACGACAACCGCUGGCACCAGGUCAGCAUCCGACGACCCGGGCCCAAGACCCACACGCUCACGGUGGACGACUCCUUCGAAAUCGUUAGCCUGACCGGCAAUAAUAUGCAUCUGGAGCUGGCGGGCAUCCUGUAUAUCGGUGGCGUCUUCAAGGAUAUGUAUGCCAAGCUGCCGGCUUCGAUCUCAUCCCGAUCCGGUUUCGAGGGCUGCCUGUCCUCACUGGACUUGGGCGACGCCUCCCCAUCACUCACCAGCGAUGCGGUGGUGCCCAGUUCCCUGGUGGUCAGUGGCUGCGAGGGACCCACCAAGUGCAGCCAGAAUGCGUGUGCCAAUAGGGGAAUCUGUGUGCAGCAGUGGAAUGCCUAUGCCUGCGAAUGUGACAUGACAUCCUACACAGGACCCACCUGCUAUGAUGAAUCUAUUGCCUACGAGUUCGGCAACAACAAGGGCAUGGUGCAGUACACCUUUCCGGAGAACGCACAGGCCGACACCGAAGAGGACAACAUAGCCUUGGGCUUCAUUACCACCAGGCCAGACGCAGUGCUUCUGCGGGUGGAGAGUCACACCACCCAGGACUACAUGGAGCUGGAGAUCGUAGAGGGAAACAUUUUCAUGGUGUACAACAUUGGUAGCGUAGAUCUGCCGCUGGGCGAGAUCGGCACAAAGGUCAACGAUAAUGCCUACCAUGUGGUGAGGUUCCAGCGCAAAGGAGGCAAUGCCACACUUCAGCUGGACGACUACAAUGUGCAGGCCCUGACGCCGCAGAGCCACCACUCGACCGUGUUCAAUACCAUGUCCAACGUCCAGGUCGGCGGCAAAUUCAGCCGCAACGGUCGCAGUCGCAUCGAGCGGCCGUUCGCUGGCGUGAUUGCCGGAUUGUCGGUGAACAAGUUGCGAAUCCUUGACUUGGCCGUCGAGCGCGACCCCCAUAUCACCAUCCGUGGAGAUGUUCAAUUGGUAACUGGAGUAUUAGAUAGAAAUGAUCUGCAGAGAAUGCAGCAGACUUUGAACUCUACUCGACAGACGCCGGCGAGUGGUUUCCCCGGUGCCCUAGACGAUCUGAUCUUCUCUGGAGCUGGGUCCGGGUGUCGUGGCGAUGACGAGGACGAGUGCACGCCGCCCUUCGAGUCGGGCAGCGGUGAUGACCUAAUCACUCCUGUCUAUGUGCCGCCCACCAAGCAGACGACCACCUCGCAGCAGGGAAAUAGUCUGAGCACCGGCGGAGGCAGCAGCGGAGGAAGCGGUGGUAAUACCAAUGGCACGGAGAGAGCCUGCGAUGACGAGGACUGUGUCCAUGGAUCCGGCGAUUAUGGUGAGACCACGGAGCAGUUUACCUCAACGAGCACGGCCAGAGGAGCGGGUGCAGAGUCCAACAAUGAGAUGGUCACUAUAACCACCACCGGGCGCAGCGAUGUCACCACAGAGCAGCAGCAGCAUGGCAGCAGCAGCAGCAGCAGUGGAAGCACUCCGUCCUAUGCCACCACCCAGUCCAGCAGCAGCAGCAGCAGCAGCAGCAUCAGCAAUAGCGGAAGCAGCACUCCCGGACAGCCGAGCACCACCAGCAGUGCGGCCACUACUUCCACGCAGCGAGCCACCAGUAGCAGCACCAGCACGAGUACGACUACGUCCACUACGACCACAACAACCACUACUACACAGGCCACUCCGUCACCGGAUGUAAGGAAUACCGUAACGGAGCGGGAAACCACGCCGUAUGAUGUGUACAAUGCAGGUAUUGGUGGUUCUGGACGCAACGAUCACGAUCGUAUGCAGCUGCCAGACGAGCACCUUCCACCGCCUCCGCCACCACUUCCGCCGCAGGAAUCGCCACCCUAUGGACCCUAUGGUGGCAACACUUACAACACCAACAUGAACAACUACCGGCCAAAGGGCAAGGGCGGACGAAUCAACUCCAUCGAGGAAGAACGCACUGCCAUGAUCAUUGGCAUUGUGGCUGGCAUUCUUAUCGCCGUGGUGUUGGUUAUCCUGCUGGUCCUGUGGCUCAAGUCUAACGGAGAUCGUGGCUACAAGACGGAGAGUGAGAAGGCAGCGGCCUACGGUUCCCACAAUCCGAAUGCGGCGCUCCUGGGUAACACUAGCACGAAUGGCUCCUACCAUCAGCAGCGGCAGCACCAUCAUCAGGGCGGAGGUGGACCCGGGCAGCAGCAGCACCAUGGCCAGCAGCAGAUGCACAAUGGGCACAACGGAAACGGAAAUGGUGGUGGCGGUGGCGGCGGCGGCAUGAUGUCCAGCGGAAGUGGGUCACUGGGCUACGGCAGCGAUGGCCGGCCCCAGAUGGCGGGACUGGUGCAGCCCAAGGCCAAGAAACGCGACUCCAAGGACGUUAAGGAGUGGUAUGUGUAAGGCGUCGGGGUAGCAAGGAAUUAACGUCAAAUUAGCAAUAAAAUGCAAUUAGUGCAAAGCCGAAAGCCGAAGUGAAUGUCCCCCUAAGAUACACAUACGCAUAACGUAUAUAUAUAUAUAUAUGAAUAUAUAUUUAUUUAGCAGCCUCAUAACGUUAAUUAGACGCAGACACAGUCGACGACACUUGGAUCGAGACCGAGACGAGAGUGUACAAAUGAAAGGAAGGAUAAUAAGGGUGCGCCUUGCGCAGCUCGGUUCGUGGGCAAUAAGCUGAUAAGCUGAUAAGUUAGCGGCAAGCAGAUAGACACGCAAAUACUUUAGACGACAGCAUCCGGUAACGUUUAGAUUACGCCUAAGAAAUUAUAGCUUCAACUCAAGACUUGCUAAUAACUCUAGCACGCGAGUGCGGCCACAACCAUCAGCGAAUAAGCAUAUAAAAUACACUAAACGAGUAAACUAUAUAUAUAUAUUAUAUAUAUCACAGCGUUAUGAUAAAUUAUGCCACUAGCCAAUGAAGUAAUUGUGUAAAAUAUUUCGCCACAAAAAGUAUGCUACGAACAAGAACGAAGACCCCCGUAAACUGCAAGUCCUCUAGCGAAUCCACUAAACAAUUUAGCAGAAAUUCAGCAAUGUAAACGUAAAGUAAUGGUAAAUGGUAAAUGGGGCUCUUUCUUUGCCUAGGCAGCGUGUAAAGUUACAAAAAAAAUAUGUGGUGCUGUAGACGUACGAGACAGGAUAUAGUCUGUCGACUACAAUAAUAAUGAUGAUAAUGAUGAGGAUUAAGAUGAGUGCAAGAAUUUAUGCUAUGGAUUAUUUGUUGAAUUGAAAGCGGCUUUAAUUAGUUAAAAAUGUAAAUGAUAUAAACUAAUGGAUAACUAACUAUGGAGAAUCAAACAGAAUAAUACAAAGACACAGCAGUAGUUACCCCACGAUUUGAUUUGGUUGACGUAAACGUGAUGCGACUUUUUCGUUUGCGUGCAGCAACUUGAUGCAAAUUUUGGUUAGUCCCAAUUCCUCAAAUCCCGAGCCCAAAACACAUAUACUUUUUAUAUGUAUUUGAGACUAAAUAUUGUCAUCGCCUUGCAUGCAAUAUGAACUCAGACAUAUCAAGUGACAAGACAAGACACCACACCACACUCACACGCAUUAGGCACACGCUACACACACACACUACACACACACUCUAGGACACUGUAAGACACUGAAGCGAACCUACCUAGCUUUUCUACAACUACAACUGCUAUUCAAUGUGAGCGAAAAUUACUUUACCGACAACAAAAAACCAAAAAACGAGGAGAACAUGCAACAAUUUUACAGUAUUAUAGCAGCUUUAAGCGUAUUUUUCGAAGCCAACGUGACGUAUACACAAUCAGCAGUCACCGCAAACACUCACACUCACACGCUUACACCGACACUCACGCAUACGGGGAUGCCACACAAAAAUCGCAAAUGAUUUGAUGAUUUUUGUAGCCUGCUUCUAGGCGCAAUUUCAAUUAAAAUCCUUGGCGAUUCCUGUGUGCAUCCUUUUAUAUCCGGAGCGAGAUUCGACUUUCUGCAAGCCGCCAUUUGGUAAUUGAAUUCAGUAUCCAAUAAUAUCAAAAAUAUCAUUUUGAUGCGCUAUACUUAAAAUUUUGCUUCACUAUAAAUACAUAAAUUAGUGUAUCAUUUUGGAUCAAAUAUACAAGGAACUAUAUACACUCGAUAUACUUACGCACACUCACCAAUCACAGAUACACCCCCGAUCUCACUAACACUCUCACGCGAAAUUACUGGACAUACUUCUCUAAAAUUCUUAAUGGAAAAUAAGGCGAGGUAUGCUGUAUAUACCUAGGAAAGUACUAUAUAUUAACAAGAAUAUAUAUAUAUAUAUUUAACAACUAAAAUACAUAUAUACUGCAUUUCAAAAAACUUUUGAUAUAUUUUCGAGUUUUUUAAACCCUUAACUUGUAUACAAAGAAUGAGGAAGGAAGGCGAAAACGUAUGUAGGGAGGAAGGCAGACAAACUAGCGAAUCUAGCUGAAAUGAACACCUAGGACAAUUACAAGUACAUAGCGAAACACGUACACGGACAUAAAUAUAAAUAUAUAUAUUAUACAAGACAUACACGCUACAUCCAAACUAUACUAUUUAUAAAUGUACAUCUAUACAACAUAUACACGCAUAUAACUUACGAGUAUAAUUAUAACGAAACAAUUAUUAUUAUGUAUUACGUACGUCCCUUCGAUUUGAUAAUGAAUCCAAACGAGUAACGACAAAUUUUAAGCGCUGUUGAUAACCAAAAAAUACAACCAUUCCCACUUAUCUAUGUAACACUCUCUCCCAAACGGCUACGACAAACUCUUUCUCUCUAUCUCUUCACAAUGUUAAUGCUGCACAAGGAAAACUCUGCAUUUAAACUAAACCACAAAGUUUAUUCAUUUCGAUUCAAGAGGAAACCAAAACGAAUACCAAAACCAAAAUUAAAUAUAUAACUAAUUAUACAAAUUUGCCAUGCGAUUUAUCAGAGAGCACACACACACAUACACACAAACAACACAUACGAAUUCAAAGGGAAUUUCGAAUAUCCGCCCCGGCUAACUUCUCUUCAUUGUGUUUCCACAAAUUAAUUACAAGUUAUUUAUCCGAAUUCGAUGAAAAUAAAAAUAAAAAUAAAAGCAAAGGGCAAACCACACUUGAGUCAAGGUAAAUGUUAUGUAUGAUAUAGUGACAGGGGGAGAAGCGUAAAGGACGAGUACAGUUAGUUGUAUGUGUAACAGUAACAUAGUUAAAGCAUGUAACGUAAUAGUUCAAGGAUCGGAAGCGAUGUGGAAGCGCAGGUGCCGGGCAGAUGACAGCAAGGAACGAUCGCCAGUAUCGGUACUAAAACUUACUUCUACUUAGGCUUAAUAUCAUUGUUAUCUAAUCUAUACAUAAAUAUAUAAACCGAAACACAACACCCACAUAUAUGACAAAGAAUAUGUAUUGGACGCGCAGCGCUUGAGCUGUGCCUACUUAUAAAUAUAUAUAUAUAUAUAUUUAACAAAAUUGUAUCGUGUAUGUAUAUGUAGCGGCAGUGAUUGUUAAAGAAAUUGCUUUGUUUUGUGUUAGAUUUUUUAAUUUACGAAAAGAAACCCAAAAAAACAAAAUUGUAAAACGCAUACAAAUACAGAAUGACUGACAAAACACAGAA